CUUUAUAAUGUUAUCCACAGGUGAGUAACCUGGACUCUGCCCCCCUCCUCUCCUGGGUGCAGCUGAUUGGCUGUAACCAGGUGAUCAGGCUGACAGAGGCGGAACAGGAUCAGCCUGUUUGUCUCCGGCAGUGAACGCCUCACAGGGCUGUUCAGUGUCAGCGGAGCCGGGACGUCAGAGGCAUGCUCACCGUCAGAGUAGCUCUGACCACAGUCUGUAAAUCAGAGCUUUAACGUGACGACACGACUUCUUUAUUAUUUUCAACAGGAAAAGCAAAAAUGGGAAGACGACAAAACAAGAGACAGACUGUUUUAAUCUGCACCUCAAUGUUGGUGCUCGUCGUCGUUUUAAUCACAGUCGUUCUGCAGAAAUACAGCGACUCGUUCACAGCUGACUGGCGUCGUUCUCUAUCUGAAGGCUUCUCCAUAUCUCGUCAGACCUCCAAGCCGACCUCCAAACCCUCAGCUGGAUCAUGUGUCACAGAGAAAAACUGUCCAGGAGAUCACUUCAGCUUCUUGAUCCGGAGUGGAGCCGCAAACGUUGUUCCUCCGAAGAUCUGCAUCCAGAACAACCUGGUUCUUGGAGGAGUCAUAAACAACGCUGGAUAUGGAAUAAAUGUUGUUAUACUAAAUGGUAAAACAGGAGAAGUUAUAAAGACCGGUCACUUUGACAUGUACAGUGGGAAAGUGAAACCUCUCAUUGAACUCCUGAAGAGCAUUGAGAAAGGCUCUAUUGUGCUGAUGGCAUCGUAUGACGAACCUUCAUCAAAGUUAACUGAAGAUGCGAGGAAACUGAUUGCUGAACUGGGAAGCUCUGUGGUCCAGUCUCUGGGCUUCAGAGAUAACUGGGUGUUCGUUGGUGGGAAAGGAGCCACAGUGAAGAGCAACUUUGAGAAGUACCUGAAGAACGACAACAUGAAAAAUAAAUACGAAAACUGGCCCGAGCUCAUUGAACUGACAGGAUGCAUCCCGAAAUACCUGGACUGACCUGCUGCUGUCUGUUAUGUGACUAACCUGAGCUGGAUGAGCCAGUUCUUCACAGAGCCACAGUUACUGUAUCACUGGUGAAUCCACCUGAUCUCUGCUCUGCCUCCUCCAAUAUUUUACAUGUUUCCCCUGAUGUUUGGAGGACGGUGUUCUCUGGAUCAUCUGUCUUCAUCACAUAAUAAAAUAUUAGAGAACGGUCAAACCUCCCCACAGAUGUUUAAAGAAGAGACUUGAAACAGCUGCUGCUACAUCCCAGCUCAGGACUGGAUCUUUUCAAGGAAAGACUUGAAACAGCUCCUCCAGAGGACUGGGCUCAGUCUGAGCUCAGAGAGAAAAGAAAAGAAGGCUCUUUUUAUGAACAGGAGCUCAUUGUUUAUUAUCUGAUCUAGAAUCGCCCUCAAAUAUUUAAACAGUGAGUGAGACUACUGGAAAAGUUACGAUGCUGAACUUGUUAAACACCCGACUGUUAAUGUUCAUGACUGUUAAUGCAUCCAGACUGUUCACUUAAACAAACGCUUCAUUGUUCCUUCUCACGUAAAGUAAACACAACAUGGACACAUGAUAUUAUAAUCGACUUUCACAGGCAGCUUUCAGUUUAUCUGUGUUCCAUAGGUCAAUUAAACACUGACUGGUUUGUGAAGACAUGAAAGUACGGAGGAGAGGAAAGAGAGAUGAAUGAUGCUCUGAGUGUUUCUGUAAAUACAGGUCAAUAAGGGGAAAGGGAGAGGAGGGGCGGGGUGCCUUCUUAUCUCUGUCUGAUAAUCCAUCCAUGAUUAUAUGACUUUAUUAUGCUUUACUUUUACUCACGACAAUAGAGACCUUCCAAAGGUGUGCACUUGACAGAGGUGCGUUUAUUUUCUACUCCGGUGAAACUGUUGUGAGCUGCUGCAGCUCUGAAACAUUUGUGUUAUUUCUCCUCCUGGUUUCUCUCUUCUCUUGGUUUCCUCCACUCUGCCUACAUUUAACCACCAAUAGGAACCAGUCAGUAACUCACAGCUGAAUGACAGUGAACUUUCAGGUCCAGGGUUAAAACAGAGUGAAGUGUAGAUCAGAGAUCGGGUGAGUGUGGACUUUGAAGCUCAGGAAACUUUAUUUGGGUGUUGUAUCUGUUCAGAGAAAAGCUGCUGGACCCGUCCAGAGGAAGACAAACUAAAGUCAUGUUAACUGUACAUGUACUGUAAAUAUGUGACUGUAUAUGUACGGCUGUAAGAUCUAUUUAAUAUUGUAAAAACUAAAAUGAUGAAUGUACUGUAUAUGUGGCUGUAAGGGCUGCAUCAGUGUAUAUUUUAAAUGAAUAAAGGGAUUUUUAGAGACUUUAA